AUGUUGGAGGCACGACUCGACCAGGCUAGUCUUCUGAAGAAGGUUGUCGACGCGAUCAAGGACUUGGUGCAGGACUGCAACUUCGACUGCAAUGAUACCGGCAUUCAGCUGCAGGCUAUGGACAACUCGCACGUUGCCCUAGUCUCUAUGAUGUUGAACACCGAGUCUUUCUCUCCCUUCCGAUGCGACCGUAACAUCUCGCUGGGAGUCAACCUUACAUCUCUUACCAAGGUCCUACGUGCUGCCCAGAACGACGACGUUCUCACACUCAAGGCUGAGGAUGGUCCCGAUGUCCUUAACCUACAGUUUGAGAGUCCCGAUAAUGACCGUAUCAGCGAGUACGACCUCAAGCUUAUGGACAUCGACCAGGAGCAUCUCGGUAUCCCCGAUACCGAGUAUGCUGCCACUAUUAGCAUGCCCUCCCAGGAGUUCCGCCGUAUCUGCACAGAUCUGAUGGCCAUGUCAGAAUCAGUUAUGAUUGAGGCCACCAAGGACGGUGUCAAGUUCGCAUGCAAUGGCGAUAUCGGUAACGGCUCGGUGACUCUCCGAAGCCACACCAAUGUCGAGAAGCCCAAAGAAAAUAUCGAGAUUGAGUUGUCCGAGCCUGUCGCUCUCACCUUCUCUCUCAAGUACCUUGUCAACUUCUGCAAGGCUGCCGGUCUGUCGGAGACGGUCAAGAUUUGCCUUUCUAACGAAGUGCCGCUCUUGGUCGAGUACAACAUCGGAGGCCAAAGUCAUCUCCGAUUCUACCUUGCUCCCAAGAUUGGUGACGAGGAAUAG